AAUCAUACAGAGAUGAGACAAUUGCUGACAGAAUCAUUUUCUGGGGAGAGACAGAUUCAGACAAGCCUGCCUUUAUUUUCUAAUCUAGUUUUCUAGUCCUAACGGUAGGCAUGUCCUCUCGCGGGGGUGGGGGGUGGGGGUGGGGUGUCCUGGAACUGGCCAGCAGAUUCGCCCUCAGGCUGACCCAGCAGGGCGUCCAGCCGGGGGACGUGGUGUGUGUUUGUCUUCCGAACAGUCCGGAGAGGGUCGUGGUGGACUUUGGAGUACAGCUGACAGGUGCUGUGUCAAUGAAUGGACGGAUUCUACGUUCAGAUUGUCAAGAUAUUCUUGAAUCAAUGCGCAAAGCAAAAUGUAAAGUUUUAGUUAUUGACCCAGAUGAGACCAGUCAGGCAUGGAAGAUGUGCAGGAACCAUGUCAAGCUAGUAUCCGAAGACCCACAUAUGCCUACUGCCACGAGUGUGGCCGUCCCAACACUCACAAACAUUGCAUUUUGUAAAACCAGAAAACCGGAUUCUGCAUUCCUAAAAACGCUUCCUCCAAGAACAGACAGAGCCCCAAACAACCCGAAACAAAAGCCCACUGAUGUUGCCUACAUAUUUGCAACCUCUGGUACCACCGGAUACAGUAAGCUUGUCCAGCAUACUAAUAGAUCUUUGAUGGUUAUGUCUUUCAGGCUGUCGGAAGCUACCGGGAUGAAAGACAAGCAUUGUAAAAGCUUUAGUGCUGCCCCCCUUGGAUGGAUUGGGGGCUUUCUAGCAUAUUACCUUUUUUCAGGUUGUCCCCUAGCAUUGGUAGACGACACAGCUGAAGCUGUGGCCGAUAGGCUGCAGUAUAUUUGGGGUGUGGCCUGUAAAGAAGACAUCACAGUUUGUACCCUUGCGUCGUUCCAGUUUAUGGGUAUUUUUGGAAGGAAGGACAUCUGUGAAUCUUCAUGUAAGAAACUUCCAAUGAUUGUUACUGGUGGACAGCCUCUACACAAGGAGUAUCUUCAAACCAUAGGGAAGCUGGCGGAUUCUUUAUUUGGCUUGUAUGCCUCCACGGAGGUCGGGUACGCGGCUGGAAUUGCUUUUAGUACGUCGAAUCUGGGAUGCUGGUAUGUUGAUGCGCCCGAUAAACAGGCAGCCAUUCUGCCAGAAGGUUGGUUCAGAACAGAUGAUGUUGGGUACAUGGACGACAAAGGCUGUCUGUUUGUAGAAGGAAGACGUUCUGACGCCAUCAUGCACGGCCCCUACAUCGUCUACCUAACAUGGCUCGAAGAAAAGCUUGCCAAAUGUCCUGGGGUUAAGCAGAACUAUUUUGUACCAGUUCCUGACAGGGUUCUGCAUCACGAGAUUUGUGCCUGUGUGCAACUGGAGGAAGGUGUCCGUCUUACCGAGGAGGAUGUCAUAAAUUUUAUCAGGGGCGACAUCGUUGACGGCGUAAGGUCGGACAUGGAUGUUGUUCCAAAGAAUGUGUUAUUCUUUGAUACGUUUCCUAUCACAAAGACGUUUAAAUUGGAUCGAAAUGAACUCACCAGGUCUGCCCAGCUGAUGCUGCAGCUCGAGUAG